CCGACAAAUGCGGCGCAGCCUUCGGUCUGCCCAGUCGUCCACAGCUCAUAACCCGCGGAUUUACAAUCAACAAUUGACACAGAUUUCUACCCAGGGAUACCUUUCUUUUCCCUUGGUAUAUUUUCUAAAUAUGAGGUGGUUUGUGUAUCCAAACAUGGUGUAGCUCAAAUCUCUGAAGCAGCAGCAGCAGCCCGCUAGCACUGAGUCAGGAUGUCCAGUAGCUCGGGCUACCCGCCCAGCCAGGGCAGCUUCAGCAGUGAGCAGAGCCGGUACCCACCACAUUCUGUCCAGUAUACCUUCACCGGCACACGCCACCAACAGGACUUCGCCAUCCCAGACUAUCGAAAUCACAUGCAAGAUGCACAGGGUCGGAGAAGACCAUCUUUACUGUCUGAAUUCCACCCUGGAACUGAAAGGCCUCCAGAGAGACGCCAUGGUUACGAACAGCAGUUUCACUCCAUCUCAUCCCAGUCUGAGCAUGAGGCUUUGGAUUCUAAACGCCCUCGCAUGGAGACUGUUGCUGAGGCCCACAUCACCCGCACGCCUGCCACUGCUGGGGGUAUUGUCCUGCCCGUAAACCAUACAGUACAGGACAGUCUAAGAGCCACUGUGGAGGUAAAAAAGGAAUCUCAGUUUACUGUCAAAGUGGAGUCCCCGUCCUCAGUAGGACCUUCACUACACUUGGGUGAUGAGCAGGAUGCCUCUCCUUCCAAACUAUCCAAGGAGGAGCUGAUCCAGAGUAUGGACCGUGUAGACCGAGAGAUUGCUAAAGUGGAGCAGCAGAUCUUCAAGCUGAAGAAAAAGCAGCAACAAUUGGAGGAGGAAGCAGCAAAGCCAGUGGAGCCAGAAAAGCCAGUGACCCCUCCCCCAGUGGAGCACAAGCAUCGCAGCAUAGUCCAGAUCAUCUACGAUGAGAACAGGAAAAAAGCUGAAGAGGCCCAUAAAAUACUGGAAGGUCUUGGUCCUAAGGUUGAGCUGCCGCUCUACAAUCAGCCAUCAGACACAAAGGUGUACCAUGACAACAUCAAGACCAACCAAGUCAUGAGGAAGAAGCUAAUUUUGUUUUUCAAGAGGAGGAACCACGCUCGAAAACAAAGGGAACAGAAGAUCUGCCAGCGCUACGACCAGCUGAUGGAAGCGUGGGAAAAAAAGGUGGAGCGAAUGGAGAACAACCCCAGACGCAAAGCCAAGGAGAGCAGAACACGGGAGUACUAUGAAAGGCAGUUCCCUGAGAUUCGCAAGCAGAGAGAGCAGCAGGAGCGCUUCCAGAGGGUUGGACAAAGAGGAACGGGCCUUUCUGCAACAAUAGCAAGAAGCGAGCAUGAGAUUUCUGAAAUCAUAGAUGGUCUUUCUGAACAGGAGAACAAUGAAAAACAGAUGAGACAACUGUCAGUCAUCCCUCCCAUGAUGUACGACUCUGAGCAGAGGCGAGUGAAGUUUAUCAACAUGAACGGCCUGUUGGAUGACCCAAUGAAGGUGUACAAAGCCAGGCAGUUCAUGAAUGUUUGGACCGAACACGAAAAGGAGAUCUUUAAGGAGAAGUUUAUCCAACACCCUAAGAACUUUGGCCUUAUUGCCUCCUAUCUGGAGAGAAAGUGUGUUGCUGACUGUGUCCUUUACUACUACUUGACCAAGAAGAACCACAACUACAAGACGCUGGUGAGGCGAAACUAUGGAAGACGGAGAGGAAGGAACCAGCAAAUAACCCGUCCCUCACAAGAAGACAAGUCUGACGACAAAAACGAAGAGGACAAAUCUGAGAAAUCUGACAAAAAAGAGGAAGAGGAAAAGAAGGACGAGGAAGAGAAAGAUGAAAAGGAGGAUUCUAGGGACAUUGGCAAGGACAAAGACAAGUGUGACGGUGGGGAGGACGAGGACGGAAAGGAGCAAAACACGCCGCGUGGCAGGAAGACUGCCAAUAGCCAGGGCCGCCGUAAGGGAAGGAUCACCACACGCUCCAUGGCCAAUGAGGCUGCAUCUGUGGCGGCUGAAGAGGCACCUCCCCCUGCCCCUGAGCCUGCCUUGCCAGAUCCUCCGCAGCUCCCGAAGUCUGAUCCAAUGCAGAAGUCCAUGAAGGAGCCUGCAAAACCCCAGACUCCAGUAGUUUCAAUGGAUGCUAAUAAAGCUGGUGCUGGUGAAACCGGAGAAACUUCUCGCUGGACCGAGGAGGAAAUGGAGGUUGCCAAAAAAGGGCUAGUUGAGCAUGGGCGAAACUGGACAGCCAUUGCCAAAAUGGUGGGCACCAAAAGUGAGGCACAGUGCAAGAAUUUCUAUUUCAAUUACAAGAGACGUCACAACCUGGACAACCUGCUCCAGCAGCAUAAGCAGGACACACGGCGGGCUCGUGCUGAUAGGUCUCAAGGUGAAGGUCUAGCCACUGUGUCACCUGAUGAUGAUGACGAUGAUGAAGAUGAUGAUGAUGAUGACGACAACGCAGAUGACAGUGAAGGCGGUGACAACAGCUCAGAUACAGAGAGUGCUCCCUCCCCCUCUCAGUCUACCGACUCCAAGAGAGCAGACCGCACUGCAGGAGAUGCUCAUUGCUCUGACCAGGACAAAGGUCAGGCCAGUAAUGGAAAGGCCCUGGAGCCCUUAUACGGAGGACUCUGUGUCAAGGAAGAGAAAAGCCCAGAGAGUGAGACUGGAUCUCAGGAGGAAAAGGCCAGGAUGACUUCCUAUGCAGGCUCAGUGCAUCCCAAAACUGAACCUCAGGAUCUGGACAUGAAGACUGGAGAGAUUCAGGUCAAGAUGGAGCCUGAGCUUAAGGAGAGAGGAGAAAAGGGAGAUCAUGGCGAGAGGCAUGGGGAGAUCAACUCAGAUAAUGACUCCAGCGCCACCUGCAGUGCUGACGAGGAUGUGGAAGCAGAGCCCGAAAGACAGAGAAUAUUCUCCAUGGAAAGGCCUACACUGCUCAACCCUCCAGGCUCAGUGCUGGUGUCCUCACCCAAGCAAACCCAACUCAACAUCCAGCAGAUGCAGCAUCGGGCAGCUACCAUCCCACCUAUGGUGCAUGGUCCUUUUGGCCCCGGUGGUGUGCCCAUCAGUGGCUUUGCUAUGUUGCAACACCAGAUCAAAGCAGUGCACGAGUCAGCACACCAAGAGGAGAAGCAGAGGCAGGAUCAGGGAGACCUGGAGCGCAGACCGCCCUUCAACACCCGCAGCCCCACCGUAAUAGACAGAGAUGGUAAGCCCUUACCCUACAUGCCUUAUGACAUGAAGCUGGCUCUGGACCAGGAGGUCCAUUCUGGCCGGCCAGGCUCUCCCUACAGGCUCUCCCCUAGGGAGCUGAGCAAGGCCUCACCCCAGCCUGACCCCAACGCCCCCAAUGCCUCCCGCUACAGUGUGCCACCAGUCCUCCACCCUGCCCCCAACCAACUGGUCCAGAGUAUGGCAGAUGGAGUCCGCGUGACAUUCAGCAGACCCAGUCGACCUCCCAACAUUCCCUCUCCUCCUCCACUCAUUCCAACCACCAAGCCCACGGACAAGCCAUCCUUCAUUCAAGGAGGCUCCAUCUCCCAGGGAACUCCUGGAACAUAUCUGCCAUCCCAUGCGGUCUAUGGGCCAGAGGGGACUAAGAGCAAUGUGGGCUCCAUUUCUCUGGGUCUGCCUCGGCAGCAGGAUCCUAACAAGCCUGGAGCUGCAGUUCCAUCCAUACAGGAUGGCAGAGUCAACCCAGCAAAGAUGGGUGAGGGUCUGACUAUGAGAGGAUCAAUCACUCAGGGCACACCAGCCCUGCCACAGUCCAGCAUUGCUGCUGACCUCCUGAAGGGCACAAUUACAAAGUUGGCCACAGAGGACCUGAGCAGCCAAGACAAGGCAAGGGGAGAACAGCUGUCUAAGGGUCAUGUCAUCUAUGAAGGCAAGAGUGGUCACAUCCUCUCUUAUGAUGCUAUCAAGAACCCCAGGGAAAACACCCGCAGCCCCAGAUCAGGCCAUGAGAUGAAACGCACGUACGACAUGAUGGAGGGACCCAUGAGCAGGGGACACCCUGGCAGGGAAGGAGCUCCAUUCGAGGGGUUGAUUAGCAGAGCCUUGCCCAGAGAAGGUCUACAUGGAGAUUCUAAGGAAAGACCAUUGAUCACAGGAUCCAUCAUGCAAGGAACACCUAGAACCGCCGCAGAGACUUAUGAAGAUGCCAUGAAAUAUGGAAAACAGAUAAAGCUAGAAAGCCCACCAAUCCGCUCCUUUGAAGGGGGUAUUGGCAAGGGCAAGCCCUACGAGGGAGUCAAUACUAUCAAAGAGAUGGGACGCUCCAUUCACGAAAUCCCCAGACAAGAUCAGUCUGGCCAGGACAUCUGCAAGACCCCUGAACUGUCAGACAGGAGAGUUAUUGAGGGCAUGUCUCAGAUUCACCCUCUCAACCAGUCUACUAUCAAGCACAAUGUCAAGUCCCUCAUAACCAGUCCGUCUAAGCAUCCCCACAGCAUGCCUCAGCUCGAGGCCAUGGAACGAGCCAAAUACGAGGAGAGCAAGGCAGUACGCCACACUGUGGUCAACUCCACCGCCUCUGUCCUGCGCUCCACACACCAGGAGGCCGGCAAAUCCCAGCUUAGCCCAAGCAUGUAUGAGGACGCCAACGCUCGCAGGACGCCUGUUAACUACAGCACCAAUCCCGUUUCCAGAGGAUCACCCAUGUUGGGACGUACACCAGAGGGUGUUGUUAGCUCUGCGAAAUCUGCUGCACAUGAAAGAAAGAGUGCCAUGACCCCGACACAGAGGGACAGUGUCCCAGCCAAGUCCCCAGUGUUGGGUGGUGACCCUGUAGCCUCUCACAGCCCCUUUGAGCCCCACCACCGGCCUGUUGGUCCUGGGGAAGUUUUCCGAGCCCACCUGCCUCCACAUCUCGACCCCGCCAUGGCCUUUCACAGAGUGCUGGAUCCUGCAUUCAUGUUCCCCAGGCAGCCAUCUCCAACAGGCUACCACAACACCUACCAGCUGUACACCAUGGAGAACACGCGGCAGACAAUCCUCAACGAUUAUAUCACUUCCCAGCAGAUGCAAGUCAUCCGACCUGACAUGGCCCGAGGGUUGUCACCACGGGAACAGCCCAUCGCUAUGCCUUACGCAGCUGGAGCUCGAGGGAUUAUUGAUCUAGCCCAGAUGCCUCCAACUAUCCUGUUGCCUCACCCUGGGGGAACAGGUACUCCCACUUUGGAACGCAUCGCCUACCUCCCUGGAGCUCAGCCCCCUUUCCCUCUUAGGGCUUUCAACCCAACCUCCAUAUCGCCAGGCCACCAAGCCCACCUUGCUGCUGCAGCCGCUGCCAGUGCAGAGAGGGAACGGGAGAGGGAGCGUGACCGAGAGCAGCAGGAGAAAGAGAAAAAGAGGGAGCGGGAGCGAGAAAUGCGAGAGCGGGAGAGAACCAACGAAUACAUCCGCGGAGGUGUAUCAGAGCAACCAGGCCGGCCAGGGAGUCGAGGUUAUCUGCAUUCCCCUUCUCCCUCGCUCAGGACACAGCAGGAUGUAGUGGUUCAGCAGCAGCAGCAGCAGCAGCAGCAGCAGAGGCCUAGCAUCUUCCAGGGCAAGAGUGUCAUCACCUCUCUAAUGCCCCAUUCAGCAGCAGCGACAGCAGCAGCAGCACAGAGUAGCUCUCGCUACAGUACUGCAGCUGAUGCUCUGGCUGCUCUGGUGGAUGCUGCAGUCUCUGCCCCACAGAUGGACGUGACCAAGAUGAAGGAAAACAAGCAUGAGCGGGAUGACGACAUGUCUACGUCGGCUGCAGCUCGGCGAGCAGCCAGCAUCUCCGAACAGCAGGAGGCAGAAAGGCGAUCCAUGCAGUCACCCUAUGGUGCUAUGUCUCUGCCAGGAGGUAAACCCCAUCCAGCUUACUCUGAGGGCCCUGGAGUUGGGGUUAAGGAUAAGGGCCAUCCGACCUCAAAGUCCCGCAUCGAAGAGGAGCUUCGGACUCGAGGAAAGACGACCAUCACAGCUGCUAACUUCAUCGAUGUCAUCAUCACACGGCAGAUAGCCUCGGACAAAGACUCACGAGAGCGAGGCUCUCAGAGCUCUGACUCCUCCAGCAGCUUGUCAUCCAGUCGAUACGACAACACCGGUGGAGGAGCCAUUGAGGUGAUUAGUCCUGCUAGUUCACCAGUCCAACCACAACAGGACAAACCAGAGGAAGGACAACAACAGGCAGCAGCAGCUGGCAUGAGGGCCUACGACAUAAGUCGUUACCGGCCAUCAGGGGAGCCACCACAGCCGAGUCCCCAGCAGCCCCCCUCUUCCCAGAUUGACAGCUACUCCCAGGUCCCCAAGACUCACCGGGUCAUGACCUUGGCAGACCACAUUUCGCAUAUCAUAACCCAGGACUUCGCCCGGAAUCAGGACCCUCCUCCUGUCUCCUCCUCAGCUUCGGCCACAUUCCAGAGCGUGAUGGCACCCGUGUCCUCUUCAGGGCGAGCCAAGGUGUCCAGCCGCUACAGUCCUGAGAAUCAGGUCCAGGCCCCACACCACCAGAGAUCCUCCAGCAGAGUUUCCCCAGAGAAUGCCCCUGACAAGCCCAGAGCCAGGCCUGGAAAAUCUCCAGAGCGAGGCGGCAGGCAGAUGGAGAACUAUGAACCCAUCUCUCCACCACAGAGCUACCAAGGCGUGGACAAACAGGAGGUGGUCGGGCCUCCCCCCCAGAGGCGAGAGGCUGACAACGCCGAGAUCCGGACUGACUCACGGUCCCCGGGGAGUGUCAGCUAUCUGCCUUCCUUCUUCACCAAGCUGGAGAACACCUCGCCAAUGGUGAAAUCCAAGAAGCAGGAGAUCUUUCGUAAGUUGAACUCCAACUCUGGUGCCGGUGAUUCUGAUGUUGGAAACGCGCAACCAGGCACAGAGAUUUUCAACUUGCCUGCUGUUACAAGCUCCAGCAGCAUCAACACCAGGAAUCACUCGUUUAGUGACCCAGCCAGUAACCUGGGCCUGGAGGACAUCAUCCGCAAAGCCUUGAUGGGCAACUUGGAGGAGAAACCGGAAGAGCACCAGGGAGGACUAGGGGCUCAGGGUGCCAUCAACAACACACCCUGCACAGGCAGUGAAGCCCGCCAGGAGGCUAACCGGUCACCCAGUAUGGGAAAGCAGAAGCAGGGCAAAGCCAAUAGCCGGAAAUCCAAGUCACCUAACCUGGGUCAGGCCUACGCUGGAGGGGAGCGUCCCUCCUCAGUGUCCUCCGUCCACUCCGAGGGAGAUUAUCACAGACAAGCCCAAGCCCAGCCCCAAUGGAGCUGGGACGACAGACCCUCAUCCACAGGAUCUAUGCAGUUCCCUUACAACCCGCUGACCAUGCGCAUACUGAGCAGCACGCCACCCACCUCCAUAGCUUCCCCCUCCAUACAGAGUCAGCAACAGAAGCAGCUGCAGCAGCAGCAGCAGCAGCAGCAGCAGCCGCCUCCAGCUGGAGCCCCGGUGGCCCAGCAGCGCGUCUGGCAGUCUCUGCUGUCAGAGCAAUACGAGACCCUGUCUGACAGCGACGACUGAGCCCUGCUGGCUACAGCCCCAAUAACCUUAAUAGAGGCCUGCGCUAAGGCUUUUCUUUUCACCCCCCUCUCCCAGAACUAUCCUUGCUUACUGGCGAGUGUGACAAGUAGAUGGGGUGUUGUCCUUUUUCUUUUUGGUGCUAUGGCGCCCCCUGGCUGUUAGCUAAGAGUACAAGCAGCAGCCUGUGACAGGCAGGGCUGUCCAGAACAAGACUGGCUUUGGUCUGGAAGCACUCACCCAGCCUGUUGGGGAAAUAAGCAAGACUCGACUGAGGGGACGACAUGAGUUAUAUUAAAGAUGAAGAACUUAAUAUGUAAAAAGAAACAACAUAAGAGACUAUUUCAGAUUUUUUUUUAUUUUUUUUUUUGAUUUCUGUAAAGAUAUACCUUGUCUUUAAGAGAAUCAUUGUAUGUAAAUAGAGUAACCUUUUGCAGUGUUUUUCUUAACUUGAUUGUUUCUUAUUUUAAUGUCGCUUUUAAAUUGAUCCACUUUAAAUGGGAAGAGUAGGGGUGUAAUCUUUAGUAUCACAGUUGGUCUCUCCCAGUCCACCCCCACCCCACGUGACCUGACACCCACUCUAAUAUUUUUACCAUAGUGACGUUAAGAGAGACCGAACCUUUGGUUUGUACUUGACCAUGAGUGGAGCACAGAGGUUGUGCCACCCUGCGCCAUCCACCAAGCACCACCAGAGCCUGAAUAUCGUGGACAUUCGAGGAUGAAACGGAACAUUUAAACAGCAAUGAUAUGUGAUGCUUGUCUUCGCCACGUAGUGGAGAUGAUGCAUGCAUUGUAACUAUCAGAUGGUAGGGGUAACAUCUCACCCCGUUCAAGACAGAAAAAUGUCUUCAAAAGAAGUUGAGAACACUGGUGUUAUAGCAGAACGGUGAAAAGCCUGAUAUAAGCUUAAUUUUGCCAGAAAAGAUAUCCUAUGACUACUCCUGGACCCCGUCUAAACAAUGAAAGUGAGCCAAUGUUUUUUUGCUUAGUUUUUUUCAAUAGCUGACCAUGGUGUGUCACAUGUAGCUUCUCUCUCUGCAGUUUCCAACCUGUUAAGAAUGAUCUGCUCUGCAAUGUUGUCAUGGUAAAAAAUAGUAUGUCAGGUUUUGCCAUGCCUUGUGACUUGAGAAAGAAGGCAGCUUUAACUAAUUUUCUCAGAGAUAUACGUUGGUGUUUGAUGUUUGUAUUUGUUUCUGUAGUCCCUCAUAUUUUUUUUUUUUUUUUUUUUGAUACUGUCCUGACAAUAAUCUGAACUCUGUAAAUUGUCUUUCCAUUACACAAAAAAGACAAAACUAACCAAACAUAAAGAAUGGUCUGCACCAUUGUUGCACUUUUUUGCUUUGUAGCUUUUGACAAAAAAAAAGCAUACUACCUGCUGUGUAACUUAUUCAACCUCCAGCAGAGGAGUAUACUAAAAUGUGCUUUAACGUUUUCCCACCACUCACAGAAAUCUGGAUGUUUUUUACUUCCUGUCCUUUCUUGUAGCUGGUACAUGAUUCUGUAGUGUGAGGCUUGCAUCACAGUUACAGUUUUAAGUGUAUGGUACCGUUAAAUGUUUAGGAGUUUGCUGUCAUGGUGAGUCAAAACCGUGACCACUUAAGCUCUACUUUCAUGGUGUCAAUCAACAGGCAUAAAGCUUUGAAUAUUAAUUAUUAUAGGUCAACUUCAUAAAUGGCAGUAAUGUUCCUUUGCAAGUAUGUGAAAAAUACAAUAUUUUGGCUUUUAUUUUUAUUUAGCUUUCACUUUGCUCAGUUAACACAUCCAUUCUGCAACGAUAAACUUGAUAUUUCCUUUCCUCCCUUUAUUUUGAUUUUGAAUAAUUUGUCAUAGCACGUUCAGAUUUUUAUUUAAUGUCAUUUUCAACAUCUUCGUUAUUCAUCCUGUUUAGAUGGGAUGUUAUGUGUUUACAAAGGCAAUGACAAAAAAAAAAGUUUACAAACUUGAAUCUUAAUGAAAUCCGACAUGAAGCCGAAAAAGAAUUGGAGCAUCUUUUCAGCUCUCUAUCAAACACGCAGUAGUGACUUUUUUUUGUCUUUUUGAAAUUAAGACUUGAAAACCCGUGUAUCCUAUGAUGUUGAAAUGCAAUGUUUGUAUCGCACAAUGUCUCUUAGUAGGCUAUUACAAGAGUUCAGACCAAUCAAAUAAAGUGGAUCAGUUCUCCACCACUGAAAAAUGUGUAGGUUCUUAAGAGGUGUACCUUCUAUCUAAUUGACUACUUUGAUUUUCUUCUUGUAGAUCUUCUUGUGGCCAUAAUUGUCAUUGACUGAGGUGUACCAACAUUCUUAAGGUUUAUUUUCAUUUGUGAAUUGAUGCAAUAUAAAAUUAUUGACAACCUUA